AUGGAUUUGGUUGUCCACCUAAGUCAACGGGAACCAAUCGAUACGGGUUAUUAUGGCCGAAUAUAUCUUACAGAAAGUAGCAAGGCCAAUGUCAAUCAAAUACAGCCCGGAGAACCAGUUUCAUAUCAAAUAGAGUUCCCCUCGACAACAGAAAUACCCAAACUGUCGCGGAUAAUGGUAAAUGGGCAAGAUAUUUGUGUGGAUACGGAAUACCCCCAACCAAGUACCCGUUUAUAUUUAAAGCAUCACCUGCAGAGUAAUAACAUAAAAGUAGCCACACAACCAUUGUAUUAUCAAGAUCCGAAUAUAAAUUUCAGAUCUUUUCGUGGUAAUCCGAAUAAUCGAAUAUUACAACAACCACAGCCACAAAUACAACAGGUGCCACAAGUUCGACAAUUACACCAAGUAGUACAAACGCCUCGAGUUCAACAAAUACCACAACAAGUUGGACCACAACAACAGCAACAACCUCGACAACAAUCGCCACAGGUGCGACAAGUGCAACCAGUUAACCAAGUAGUAACGCCCGUGCAACAAAAUAUUGGUUCAAGAUUUAAUCUAAAUCAACGGGGCACCGAAAAUAUAUGCGGUCAGGAUUCAAGUGUUACCCCCUUCAUUUUUGGUGGACAACAAGUUGCCCCCGGUCAAUUUCCAUGGUUGACGGCGAUUUAUGUUAAGUCUGCUGGAUUGCGUUUCCUAUGCGGCGGAUCAUUGUUAUCGACGAGAACGGUACUCUCAGCUGCUCAUUGCUUUAAAAUUGGUGCUUUAACUGCGGAUCGUUUAGUUGUCAAUGUCGGUCGUCAUAAUCUCGAAGAUUAUAGCGAACAAAAUUUCCAAACCAGAGAAAUUCAAAAUCUUAUCACUCAUCCCGAAUUUACAUCAGCGAUAUUUCCCGAUGCCGAUUUGGCAAUUUUACAUUUGCAGAAACCAGUUGAAUACACCAAUUUUAUACGACCAAUAUGUUUAUGGAGUGAACCGGUCGACUCGAAUUUAAUUGUUGGCCAGACAGGUGUGGUGGCGGGAUGGGGUGGCGAUGAAAAUGGCGAAACAUUUACCCCAAUACCGAAAAAAGUUGAAACGAAUAUUGUUAGUGACAGUGAUUGCCUGAGAUCAUCGCAGGCCUAUAGUACAUUGACUUCGAAGCGGACAUUUUGUGCUGGCAAUCGUGAUGGUAGCGGUCCAUGUAUGGGUGAUUCUGGUAGUGGUCUAAUGAUAAAUCGUAAUGGACGAUGGUAUCUGCGUGGCGUCGUCUCAGCGGGACAAACAAAACAACAGAAAUGCAAUCUGCUGGAAUAUGUGGUAUUCUGUGAUGUCGCCAAACAUUUGUCGUGGGUACAAAGUAAUGUGUUAGCUUAA